AUCAAUCAUCAAACAAAAACAAAUCAAUGAAUUAAAACAAUCAUUCAUUGAUUUAAUCGCCUUCAACAAAUUCACUAAUCACAAUAUACCGAAUCAUUCUCUUAGUUUUUACUUUCUUUAUUUUGCAAGAAGAAUCUCAGAGAUAUGGAAUUCAAAGCGCGUGAUUAUAAAGCUAAAGAAGAAGCUUACUCUCUAUCAGUUACUCGAGUUUCAGUUUCUUCACAUCCUUUAUCUUCAUUAUCAUCAUCAUUAUCAUCGUCAUGUUCGCAGGAUGACGUGAAUAUUGAAUUCUUUGAUCCGUUAAGGGGGGUGUCAAUGGAAAUCACGGAGCCUGUUGAAGAUAUGGCUGCUGCAGAAAAGAGUCCUGCUAGUCAAGCAGCCUCUCAUCUCCCUGCAAAGGAAUGGACAUCUUUUACUAAGCUAUUAAUGCAGAGAUUCCCUGUGCCAAAAAUGAUACCAGUUUCUUCGUUGUCAAGCAAAACUAUAAAAGGGAGUAAGGGAAUUGUAGAACUAUCAACAAAGAUGCAGUCAGAUGAACUGAAUGAUUCUCAACCAUUGUCUGAAGGAGGAUUUAAGAGUGUUACCCAGCAGGAAUAUAUCAAACGCCUGCAUCAACUUAAAGACGAGAUUAUGCGUGCUUGGCGAUCUGAUGAUCGUGUGACAUCUUUAAAGAUGUCAACUAAGGUUGCUAGGCUUCUGAUGGACACUUCUGUGGCCCAAUUUUACCCAACGUUAUUUGUUCUAGCUACUGAUAUACUGGACAUGCUAGGUGAUAUGGUAUGGGAGCGGAUUAGGGAAAAAGCCGAAUUUGCAGAUGACGGGACCAAAAUAUGCACUUUACCAGAUGACUUUAAAGCAAGUAAUAUAUGCCUUGAAGCCAAAGAGACAUGCAAUAACUGGUUCAGAAAAGUUGCUUCUGUCCACGAGCUUCUUCCACGCAUUUAUCUCGAACUUGCAAUAUUUUCAUGCUGGCGGUUCCUGCGUGAUGAUGUUGUGGAUAACCUGAUGCGUUUGGCUACAAUGAUAAGAGGGAUUGCAGAUCCACUGGCAUCUGCCUACUGCCGCUUCUUUUUGAUUCACUGUGCCCAGAAACUCUCUCAAUGCCAUUCGGGGCAUCUGAUAUCUUGCAUUAAUGACCAAAACGUUGUACUUGCACGUAUUGUGUCCACGAAAGAAACUAAGUAUGGGAAUUUUUUGGGAGAUCAAAGAUUGCUUAUCAGCUUGAUGGAACCAACGAUUGAAUAUAACAUGAGAUGUAUCUUUAAAGAUCCAACCCAGGUUGCAAAUAUGAUUGUGAGACUUGAUUUAGGGAAGAAUCCAUCAGAGAUAAAUGGAAAAGUUCCUUGGAUAUCAAUUAUCCUCCAUUAUUUACUUAAGGAACUUCCAACUGAAGUAGUGUGUACUAAUGCUUUAGAAAUUCUUCACCUUGUUGAUUGCAGCAGUGAUUGUUCAUAUGACCAGUGUUCAAAUUACCAGAUGCUUGGACUAAAGCUCUGUGAGGGAAUAUUCCAAGUGAAUGCAGUUAAUGCAGUAAUCGAUGAAGUUAUUCGGGUUGCUACCAAAAGGAAGAGUCUUGAUGAGUACUUGAAGAUCUUGGAUGCUUUUAUGGAUAUUAUUCUUCAACAUAAGAUGGAUCAAUAUCUAAGCUUUGUUCUAAGUGAAAUUUUUGAGAGAUUGUGCAAUGAAGUGGUUACUGAAAACGAACUGUCCAGCCUGCAAUCAAUUGUUGUAAAGCUGGUCACCCAUUUUGGUGAUAUGAAAUACUUUUUUGAAUUAGACUAUCUUGUUGACAUAUUAGAUGUCAUGCAUGGGAGCUCAAGAAGCAUCGUUAGUAUGCACAUCCUUACAAAUGCAACAAGAAAUGAUCGCAUUGAUGAUCCUACCACGAUGAAACUGCUUUUUGAUGUUGCACAGUCUCUGCAUGAUAAUGUUGAUUUCUCAAGCACUAAACAGGAUGAUAAUCAUCAAGCAGAGCGUUUGAUUGCUUGUUUUGUUGAUAAGGUUGACCAUGGUACGGAUCUGGAUCGCCAUUUGACAUUCUUGGUUGAAUGUCGUGGAGCUUUUAGCAGCAUGAAUGAUUUGAAGGAGAUCCUUGUUCAUUCGAGCAAUCUUUUGGCAACUAGAGCUUUGAGAGAGAAAAAAGAUAAUUUAAAUUUUAUCAAAUCUUGCGUUACAUUUAAUGAAGUUACAAUACCAUGUAUUCCUUCUUAUUCCAGGCAGUUAAUCUUAUAUCUUGAAACGGCAGAGGUUUCUUUAUUUGGAGGACUGAUUUCUCAUACAGAUGGACUUCUCGAUUCUGCACUCGGUUGCUUACAAAAUGUUUAUCUGGUUGAUGGCUUGAGAAAAUCCAAUGAAGACGCUGAUGGUAUUGUUUCCUUAAUCAGAAAGCUAUGCAGCUUCAUGCUCUUGGUUCCAGGUAAUUUGGAACAAGGAGUUGCCCACAUUCCAAAGAGCAUAUUAUCUUUGCUUGAUUCAGAAUCAUGGAUCACACCCAAAGUCAGGAUACAAGUUUUGUGUUCACUUCUUUCAUUAUCUGCAACAUUUGCUCAAAAUGAGCUCCCAUACCAUGCAAUUCAUGAAGAGGUUAUUGGCAAUGACCGUUUAUUCUUCGGUCAUGCGACAUAUUUCCAAGAGCUUGGAUCAUUAUCUAGUGUUAUUCUUCGUAAUAUGAUUGAUACUAUUCAAGGAGAAUCUUCUCAGGUUACCCGCGGAAAGUUGGCACUUGAAGCUUGCAACUGCAUUGCCUCAUUUUAUGAAGUGAAUCAUGAGAUAUCAUCUGUAUGCUCUAAGUUGGUCGAGACCGCCACAUCAUGUCUCGGAGCUGAUAAUAGAUACUUGCAGUCGACGAUUCAAUUUGUUCAUAAAGAGUCCUCAACGUGUCUCUAGAUACAAUAUUGUACAUUAACACAACAUGUUUUUCACAAACAAUUUGAUGAUAGAGUCAUAAAGAAUCUUUUGUGUAGCCCAUUGAAUACUGUUUUCUACAGUUGGUAAAAUGUGAAAGUUUUAAGCUUCCACAAGACUAGAAGUUUAACAAGGA